GGGCUUGUGUUGGGGCCUGUUGUUGAACACUAAGCCUUUCAAGAUGGUCCUCCGCAGUAUUCUUAGAAUUCUUUUUCUUUGUGAACUGGUCCUUUUCAUGGAACACAGGGCCCAAAUGGCAGAAGGACGGCAGUCCUCUAUUGCCCUCCUGGCUGAGGCCCCUACUUUGCCCCUGAUUGAGGAGCUGCUAGAAGAAUCCCCUGACGAACAGCCAAGGAAGCCCCGGCUCCUAGGGCAUUCACUGCGGUACAUGCUGGAGUUGUACCGGCGUUCAGCUGACUCACAUGGGCACCCUAGAGAGAACCGCACCAUUGGGGCCACCAUGGUGAGGCUGGUGAAGCCUUUGACCAAUGUGGCAAGGCCUCGCAGAGGUACCUGGCAUAUACAGAUCCUGGGCUUUCCUCUCAGACCAAACCGAGGAAUAUACCAACUAGUUAGAGCCACUGUGGUUUACCGCCAUCAUCUCCAACUAUCUCGCUUCAAUCUCUCCUGCCAUGUGGAGCCCUGGGUGCAGAAAAGCCCAACCAAGCACUUUCCUUCCUCAGAAGGAGAUUUGCCAAAAUCUUCCCUGAUGUCUAACGCUUGGAAAGAGAUGGAUAUCACACAACAUGUUCAGCAAAGAUUCUGGAAUAACAAGGGACGCAGGAUCCUACGACUCCGUUUUAUGUGUCAGCAGCAAAAAUAUAGUGAUGGUCUUGAGCUCUGGCAUGGCACUUCGUCCUUGGACAUUGCCUUCUUGUUACUGUAUUUCAAUGAUACUCAUAAAAGCAUUCAGAAGGCUAAACUUCUUCCCAGGGGCAUGGAGGAGUUCAUGGAAAGGGAAUCUCUUCUUCUCCGGAGAACCCGACAAGCAGAUGGUAUCUCAGCUGAGGUUACUGCCUCUUCCUCAAAACGUAGUGGGCCUGAAAAUAACCAGUGUUCCCUCCACCCUUUCCAAGUCAGCUUCCGCCAGCUGGGUUGGGAUCACUGGAUCAUUGCUCCCCCUUUCUACACCCCAAACUACUGUAAAGGAACUUGUCUCCGAGUACUACGCGAUGAUCUCAAUUCCCCCAAUCAUGCCAUUAUUCAGAACCUUGUCAAUCAGUUGGUGGACCAGAGUGUCCCUCGGCCCUCCUGUGUCCCGUAUAAGUAUGUUCCAAUUAGCGUCCUUAUGAUUGAGGCAAAUGGGAGUAUUUUGUACAAGGAAUAUGAGGGUAUGAUUGCUGAGUCUUGUACAUGCAGAUGACAGCAAAAGUACAGCUAGCUCAAGUUUCCCAGGA